AGUACGGCCAAUGUAGCCCGGCCUUUAAAUGUCAACCUUCACACCAAGCACGCUUGCGCCAGCAUUCGGAUCCGUAACCAUGGUAACUUACCAAUAAACCAAACAAACCAGUUCGUCUGCUCCUGGUCAUUACGGUAACGUAUACCAUAACGCAAACAUGAUACUUUCCCGCACAAAGUCCGAGUCGGCCAAGGGUAACCGCAAUUCUGCCGGCUCCGGAACCGUGCGCACCGUCACCAUCCCUUCGUUCGAGGAGUUCCUGCUGAAGCGAGACUACAUCGGUGCGAAAACUGUCCUGCAGUGCUCCAAAGAUUACGAUGAAGUGCCGGAGCAGCUGAAGCACAUGUGGACGGGAUUUUGUGACUUUCACGUCGGCGAGUACAAGCGAGCGCUGCAGCUGUACGAGAAGAUCUACGCAGCGGACGGGUCGCUCAAGGACGUUGCGCUCAACAUCUGCGUGUGCAUGUUCUAUCUCGGCAUGUACGACGAGGCCCAGAAGCUGGUGGAAGAGCUGCCGCAAAGUCCGCUCAAGAUACGGUUACUCUUCCACCUGGCGCACAAGCUAAGCGACGAGGACCGGCUGAUGGAGCUGCACGGUUCGCUGCGGGACGUGGUGGAAGACCAGCUCAGCCUAGCCGGGAUGCACUACCUGCGCUCGCACUACCAGGAAGCGAUCGACAUCUACAAGCGCGUCCUGCUCGACAACAAGGAUCUGCUCGCGCUGAACGUGUACGUCGCGAUCUGCUACUACAAGCUGGACUACUACGACAUCUCCCAGGAGGUGCUCGAUCUCUACCUGAACCAGUUCCCCGACAGCACGAUCGCGAUCAACCUGAAGGCGUGCAAUCGCUUCCGGCUGUUCAAUGGUCGCGCGGCCGAGCAGGAGAUAAAGCAUCUCGUCGAGAGCGGCACGUUCGGGGCGGACCUGAUCCGCCACAAUCUGGUCGUGUUUCGCAACGGGGAAGGGGCGCUGCAGGUCCUGCCGCAGCUGAUCGACAUCGUGCCGGAGGCGCGCCUCAACCUGGCCAUCCACCAUCUGCGGCGGGGCGAAAUCCAGGAAGCGCACCAUCUGAUGAAGGAGGUGCAGCCGACCGUACCGCAGGAGUACAUCCUGAAGGGUGUGGUGCACGCGGCGCUCGGCCAGGAGACGGGCUCGAAGGAGCACCUGAAGAAUGCGCAACAGUGUCUGCAUCUGGUCGGCGGUUCGGCGUCCGAGUGCGAUACGAUCCCGGGCCGGCAGAGCAUGGCGUCCGCCUUCUUCCUGUACGGCCAGUUCGAGGAGGUGCUCGUCUACCUCAACUCGAUCCGCAGCUACUUCGUGAACGACGACACGUUCAACUACAACUACGCCCAGGCGAAGGCGGCCACCGGGUACUACAAGGAGGCGGAGGAGCUGCUGCUGCAGAUCCACGACAUUACGAUCAAAACGGACAGCACGUUCUCGAUGGUGCUGGCCAAGUGUCACAUCCAUGCCGGCCAUGCGGACCAGGCGUGGAACAUCUUCCUGACGAAGGACUCCACGCCGGACGCGUUCGCGCUGCUGCAGCUGAUUGCGAACGAUAGCUACCGGGUGGGCGAGUUUUGGAUAGCGGCCAAAGCGUUCGACACGCUGGAAAAGCUGGACCCCAAUCCGGAGUACUGGGAGGGCAAGCGGGGCGCGUGUGCGGGCGCAGUGCAGGCCAUUCUGGCGAAGCGUGGCAGUGGCGCACCGCCGGGCGGCGUGUCGGAGAUUAUUUCGCUGCUGCGGGACUCCACCAAUGCGCAGGCGGAGGGGAUGCUGCGCGUUGUUCGACGGUUCGCCAGCAGCAUCAAGUAGGAAGGGGCGUUUUUUCGUGUUGAUUUUACCUUGAUAUUGGGAGAGCAGCAUGCAAAUAAAAUAAUGUUUUCUUUGGUUUAACACACACCAUUGCUGUGGAGUCGAUCGAUUUAUAUGCAAAUAAAAUGGCACACUGAACCGGAA